AUGUCCGCCACCAGCGGUUACGAUGGCUUUGCCAGCUUCGAUAUCGACCCCACCGCCUCCAUUGUCACAGAGUUCAACCGCCUCGCCAUCCAGAAGAGUUGGAAGAAAGACUCCAAGCAAUACAAAAACCAACGUGCCCGCCUCGUCAACCAGGAAUUCAAUGCCUACUUUGGCAGCAAUCUCAACGACCUCGCAGCUUGGCAGGCUCUUUGUAAGGCUGUUGGCAUCACAACCAUUCCUUCAUCUGUCACUCAAUGCAAAAAGGUACAGAACUCCCAUCCAUCUCCCAUUUGGCUUAGCCUGAUCCCGUUUCAGCUUCUCAAGAAAGUCUAUGUCAAUAUCUAUGACCUUAUUGACGCUGCUCGAUUGGGUGAAGUGGCCCGAACUUUCCCCAACAACCAGCAGCUUGCAGCGUACACGAAACCGAACAAGGUUUUCCCGAAGAGAGAAGCGAAGUUAAACAAGCUUCUGAAGUUCAUGCUGAGGCAUAUCUUCUAG